AUGUCCGGUGGUAAAGGUGGUAAAGCUGGUUCUGCUGCUAAGGCUUCUCAAUCUAGAUCUGCCAAAGCUGGUUUGACUUUCCCAGUCGGUAGAGUCCACAGACUUUUGAGAAGAGGCAACUACGCUCAAAGAGUCGGUUCUGGUGCCCCAGUAUACAUGACCGCUGUUUUGGAAUAUCUAGCGGCCGAAAUUUUGGAAUUGGCCGGUAACGCUGCUAGAGACAACAAGAAGACCAGAAUUAUUCCCCGUCAUUUGCAGUUGGCCAUCAGAAACGAUGACGAACUUAACAAGCUACUAGGGAACGUGACCAUCGCCCAAGGUGGUGUUCUACCAAACAUUCACCAGAACUUGCUUCCAAAGAAGUCAGCCAAGCCAGGUAAGGCUUCCCAGGAAUUGUAA